AGCAUCUUAUUGCGGGGCUUUUAAGGCUACCUAGUAGUUAUAAAUUCAUCUCAGGAGGAGAGAAGGAACAGGUCGUCUUUUUGUCGCGCUUUCAAGGGGAAAAGAACCGUUACGGAUGCGCUUCAAGAUGAAUAUCGGUAAGGUCUAAGGCUUGCUAGCGCGUCGCAAGGGUGCAGAUCGAGAUGUUGUAGCAGGACUAGGCGACAGGAGGGACUGCGACACAUCAAUACUAGAGACUGGUUUUUCAUCGACGAGCGUGGUGAAGUUUUUCGCUUCAUCAAGAACUACUGCAAAUAAUGUAAAGGCAGG